UGCAGCCAAAUAACACUUGACCCUACUCAUAGUGUUGUGUUCCUGCCGGUGAGUAAGGUUGCCAGAGCUCAACGAGGGGGGGUGGGGUUAGGGUCGGCAACGCGCAUGUAACUCCUCUGGAGUUGCAGGUGUACAUAGGCUACCGAGACUGCUUACCAUCAGGCAGGCCGUAUGCUUGUUUGCCACCGACGUAGUAUAAAAAAAAGUGUCAAAUCUUGGAAGCAAAAUUUGACCCAUUAUCCGGUUUCCGAUUGAGCUGAAAAUUUGCGUACAUAUGUAAGUCGGGUCACAAUGCAAUAUUAUGACAGCAUCGGAUGAUGGAGACAGGAUAUAGCCAUAGGAACUCUGUGAUGAAACAACGCAACCUAAUUGUGUUAGGGGUUUUUAGAAUCGUCUCUAUGAGUAUUAGUUGCCCGUGGUAAAAAAAAGUACAGACAGCGACAAAAGCUUGUGAAAAAUUAAAUUAUUGCCAAAAACUUAAUAUGCUUUAUCAGGUGCAAGAAAGAUUUGGAUUGCACAAAAGGGUUUCUUGAGGUUCUGAGGCGCGUAUGGCAGCUAACUUAAUAAUCUGCAGAGAUCUGUAUUUGACCGUUGAAUUUACAACUAAGUUAUCAAACGUUAUUAAGCCAAAUACAGAGAUCAAAUAUCAAACAUUUAUUCAGCAAAUAGGCCACAGGGGCACUUUUAUAUGUCAAUUUUUACAAACAACAAAAAUUACAAAAAAACAAUUACAAAUAUGGAAUCGAUGAAAUAUUAAAUACUUUAUUGGAGAUGUAUACUGUCUCUAAAUGUCAAAUUACACAAAAAAACUAUGAUAAAAAAAUAAAACCAACAAAUACUAAAAUUAUUUAGAGAUGUAUAAGUCUCUAAGUGUCAGAGAUAAAAUAUAAAAAAAGAUAUUAAAUUAUCCUUAGAGAUGUAGAGGGUCUCCAAGGCUUGAAUUCUUAUAUAAAUAAUUAAAAGACAAAAAAUUUAAUCAGACAAGAACCGAAUGAAGUGUCUCACGUUAAUGCCACUCAAAAGUAAAGUUACAUACUUAAACAUAACAUGUAGCCCGUGUAAGCUUAAACAGACCGGUCUCCACAAACAGCACCCGUUCACGAGUAUGACGUGUAUCUCAGCCAUCGCCUCCCUCAACCUUCAUUCGGGAAAGUGGCGACCCGAUCAACGACGCCACCGUAAGUAAAGACUUAAGCGAGCAUUAUUGCCAAAAAAAGCGAGUGAGAUUCAGAGAUAGCUUGGUCUAAGUCGAAUAUCCCUAGCUGAAUAUCAUUAGUCCCACACGUGCUAUUGUUAUAGUAAAACCCUAAUUAUAUUUGAGUGCAGAGUCUAACUCCCAGGCAUUACUGCGAAGUAUAAAUCAUUAUCACAUCCAAUUACAGUAACACUUGUAAUGUAUUUACAAUUUGUACUGUAUCAAUACCGACACAUAUACUUCGGACCUCUUGCGAUUCGCACUUAUCCUUAGUUUUUGAACAGUGUUUUCAUUGGUAUUUAAUAAUAGUUGUUGCUAUUAUUAAAACAGGUGAUAUUUUGAAUGUGACAUUUCGAAAAUUGAUUGAGUUUAGUUUCUAAAAACAAGUUUAAUAUUCGUAUGUUGUAGUUUACUAAAGUGUAAAUUUUUCCUUUGUGAUACAUUUCCACUGUGUAACAGAACGCUUUUUCGUGCAAAAGGACUAGUAAUCGUAUUUAUCCGAUCAAAGGACAGAAAUGAACUCUUUUGCAUAACUCAACUAUGUAAAAACGCUAAGACUAUAAUCGAAACUUUUGAUAGAUGUUAUAUGAAAAGUGAAAAUUUUUCUCUGGUAUUCACCAAGGUUCACACCUAAAUUGUGAACCACUGUGAACAACUUUUUGACUUUCAACAUUUGUUUGCUUAUAUGCCUAUUGGCGCCCAGAUAUCUAAAAAACGAUCUUCUCAUGAGUGUAUAAACGCGGGAAAGUAAACAUUUAGUCAAAUCUUUCAAUGGGUGCUUAAGUUAUUGUAGUAUCAGUGAAUUGACAGUUUGGUGUCAAUGGUGAGAGAAGCAUACGUGAGAUUGGAAUCAUGUCGGUACGGAGGGGCGGGCGGGGCAGCUUCCACUACAAGUACUACUAUUGCACGCGGAUCGGCUUCGAGAUAUACGAUCUGGAGACAGAGGCGGAGGCCGAGGUCCAGGAGGCCGACGAACCGGGGUUAGUACCUAUCAACUAGAAGCUCUUCCUUCCUUCAUGACUAAACACUUGUCGGUACAGAGGAGCGGGCGGGGCAGCUUCCACUACAAGUACUACUAUUGCACGCGGAUCGGCUUCGAGAUAUACGAUCUGGAGACAGAGGCGGAGGCCGAGGUCCAGGAGGCCGACGAACCGGGGUUAGUACCUAUCAACUAGAAUCUCUUCAUUUCUUCAUGACCAAACCCUUGUUGGUACAGAGGAGCGGGCGGGGCAGCUUUAACUACAAGUAAUAUACUAUUGCACGCGGAUCGGCUUCGAGAUAUACGAUCGAGACUGUGGCGGAGGUCGAGGCCUAGGAGGCCGACGGGCCAGGGUUAGUACCUAUCCACUAGAAGCUCUUCAAUCCUUCAUGACCAAACUCUUGUCGGUACGGAGGGGCGGGCGGGGCAGCUUCCACUACAAGUACUACUAUUGCACGCGGAUCGGCUUCGAGAUAUACGAUCUGGAGACAGAGGCGGAGGCCGAGGUCCAGGAGGCCGACGAACCGGGAAACGGUGUGAACGUCGAAGGUGCUACCCACAAGCAAGUGGUCGACCUGAUCAAGUCCGGAGGCGACUGUCUCACCCUUACAGUCAUCUCUGUCACACCUAAGGAGGCCGAACGCCUAGAGCCAUGUGACGACGGCUCAGCGCCGGUCGGCGUGAUCGGCGGCGCCGCCAACUCCCGCGCGACCGUCUACCAACGCUACGACUACACCGACAAGCGUUCGCUACCCGUUUCCAUUCCCGACUAUAGGGUGGUGAUGGAACGCAACAGCGGACGGUCAUACGUCGCGUUCAACGUGCACAUGGCGGGGAGGCAUCUCUGCAGCCGCCGUUACAGGGAAUUUGCUGUUUUACAUCAGCUGUUGAGGAAAGAGUUUCUAGGGUUCAAUUUUCCGAAGCUGCCGGGCAAGUGGCCGUUCACACUGAGUGAGCAACAGCUAGACGGGAGACGGAGAGGGCUCGAACAGUAUCUUGAAAAAGUAUGCGCAGUACGAGUGAUCGCGGAAUCUGAUGCAGUACAGGAAUUCCUUACAGACUCGGACGACUCUUCCAACCCAUCACCAGUCGACCUAAAGGUGCUCCUUCCCGACAAAGAAGUGGUAACCGUCUCUGUUCUCAAGUCCACCAACGCCGAUGACGUAUACCGGGCGGUUUGCGAAAAGAUCGGUCUAUCCAAGUCCGUGCAAAAGUACUUCUACCUGUUCGAGAUCGUCGAGUAUAAUUUCGAGCGCAAGCUGCAGCCGAACGAAUGCCCGCACUCGCUGUACAUCCAGAACUACUCGACGGCGUCGUCGUCGUGCCUGGCCGUGCGGCGCUGGCUGUGGAGCCCGCGGCGCGAGGCCGCCGUGUGCGCCGACCCCGCUGCUAGGGCUUUUGUCUUCUGGCAGGCCGUGGAGGACGUGAACCGCGGCGUGUGCGCGGCGGGCGCGCGCCUGUACCAGCUGAAGGCGCUGCAGGACGUGCGGCGCGCCGCCGACUAUCUCGCGCUCGCUCGCACGCUGCCCGGCUACGGCGACGUCGCCUUCCCGCCGCUGCGGACCGACGCCUGUCUCACUCCCACGCUGAACGUUACCGUCGGUUGGAACGGACUGAAAUUAACAGCGUGCACGGACGGCAGCGCCCAGACGGCGGAGGUGCCGUGGCGCGCGGUGCGCGAGUGGCGCGCCGACGACGACGCGGCCGCCGCCCGGCUCACGUACGCCGCGCUCGACCACACGAGGACCAUCGCUCUGUUCACGCCAUACUACCAGUUCCUGUGUAACUGCAUGGACAGAAUAGCCGAGGAGAUGAGCUGGGUCGACACAGGCGACUAAGGAAUACUCAGCGCGCGAGCAUAGUUUGUAAGACCGUAUUACGCCAUCACAACUCCCGAAUUGGUAGAAAACUACUGGCAACAUUAUCAACACAACUGGAGACUAAGGAACCCUCGGUGCGCGAGCAUAGCUAGUAAAACCGUAUUACGCCACCAAAACUCCCAAAUUGGUAGAAAACUACUGGCAACAUUAUCAACACAACUGGAGACCAAGGAACCCUCAGCGCGCGAGCAUAGCUAGUAAGACCGUAAUAUGCUAUAAAAACUCCCAAAUUGGUAGAAAACUACUGGCAACAUUAUCGACACAACUAGAGACUAAGGAAACCUCGGUGCGCGAGCAUUGCUAGUAAGAUCCUAUUACGCCAUAAAAACUUCCAAAUUGGUAGAAAACAACUGGCAACAUCACCAAUUCAACAACAAUUAAACGUAGAUAUACCAAACGGGACAAAGGCAAAAGGAGUAGUAGAGUAUUAUGUCAUAAAAACGACUAAAUUAGUAGAAAAUACUGGCAACAUUCCGAACCCACACUAAAGGUAAGGAACCUAUAAUAGACGCAAUUCAACCUGACGACGGGUCAUAUUUCCCUCUCUCUUACUCUACCUACGACCACGCGAGUGUGAAUGAGAAGUUCACGACCCCGGUCGUCCGUAGUUUGCGUCUACUAUAGCAACUGAGAACGUAUUACGCCAUCAAUACUCCCGAUUUGGUAGAAAACUACUACUACUGCUUACGACAGUAUCUCGCGUGCGUGAUAGACUACCCAUCCCUUUCUAAUUAAUACAGUUUGAAAAAAAGGGGGAUACUAGAAUGACGACUUGGAAUUAUUAUUACGUUAAAGGUAGACCUUGGUCUUACUCUAUGAAGUCUGUCACAAAUCUAAUAGUAAUCGAUGUUGUCACAGAAUAAAUAAUUGCACUACCGUACAGAAAUGACACUUGCUACAAAACCGAAGUUUGACAGCGAUUCAGGGACGAAUUAUGCUGUCCCUUUCUAAUGUAUGGCACUAUCCCUUUCGGCCAUUUAGGGUUGUUAAAAUUCAAGUCAUUAUCUGUGGUCGUGCACGGAGCAAUGCUGAUGCGAACGGAGCCGAGGAAAGCCGAAAGGAGGAGUGUCGCCCCACUGGUUAUGUUUUUGAAAAUUUGGGACAAAUAGUGAAAAUAUAAUCAAUGUUGCUAGUGAAAAAAAAAACUACCAGAACGCGAUUAGUAGUUCGAUGUUCUUAUCAUUAUUAUAAAAUAUACUAAUGUUAAUAUAAUACGUUUAUUUAUCUUGUAGUUAAAAUAUUUAGGUAAUGUUACUCUAUGCAAUUACUCGAAGCGUUAAGUAUUUCUUUAUGGUACCAUUUCUAACAAAUAUGACAGGUCUUUGAUCGAUAUGAAUUUAUGAUUUUAGUGAUGGUACCAUAUAUGUUUAUGUAAGGUAUUCUAUCAAAUAUAUGAGAAUUAGUAGGUACAGUUGGACACAUUUAACGUAUCUUUAUAGCAUCUUUUGGGCCGAUUUUUUUAUGGUCAUUUUUCGUCAGAUUUUGAUAAUAUUUGCUGGAUAGACAGAGUUGCCUAUUCUGUACAAUAUAAACGCAAUUUAAAUGACCCGAAAGCCCGAAAAUCUCAUAACUCCGUGGAAAAUUACGUAACUAACUUUUUUGUCCUUAAUUGGAAUUUCGUGUUUAUUCUACCUAUAAUGAGAGGCUCUUCAAAUUUACCGUAUUUAAAAAAAAAUCUGACGAAAAAAAAACAAUAUGAAAGUAAAAAUCGUCUCUUUUACGACUUCAGCACUCUUUUCAAUACAAUUUAUAACUUUUAGGUUGCAAAAUAUAUUGAAAUGACAGGUGUCAAAAGUGACUCGUUGGUCAAAAAAUGGUCGUUUAAGUGUCUGUAAGCGUGACUUUUAUAUUAGGUCCGUUUUCCUGUAGUUUUUAAGCAACUUUGAUCCUAGGUUGCUAUUAUAUCUCAAUUUUGAUACCCUAAUUUUAGUUAGGUAAUUUUGUACUUACCAAUCUUAAUUUAAUUUAUACUAUACUUAUACAAUUAUAUUAAAUAAAUCAUGGAAAAUUUGUGUGUAGGAAAGCGUAAUGCAUUUAAAAAUUAAAGUAAUUAAAAAAAAUUACGUCGUAUGUAAACUCAUUGAUCUUAACUGCCAUCAUCAUCAUAUUAUUCGUAUAAAUAAAUAAAACUUUAUUAAUGGCUCUCUUUAUAUAUCUGUUUUAAUAGAUUGACUGAACUCAUUUAAUAUAAAAUUCCUUAAAUCAUUCCCCUUUUAGAUUAAAUACUAAGUCCGCCAUAUAGUCAGAAAGUAACUAAGCGGACAUGAUGAUACAUUGUGUAUUAAAAGCGGUUAACACGAAUUUACGAACGAGUGCGAAUUGAAAGCCGAAGGCGAGGGCUUAACUAACACGAGUUCGUAAUUCCUGUACCGCCCGUGGCACACAUAGUGUUUUUCAUCACACUUGACAAAAAAGGGAAACAAAUAAAACUUCUGCCUAAUUUAGUAUGUAUAUUACAACCCUCGAAACUUAGGGUUUACGGCAUCGCCUGCGUGUAAAAUAGUACAUUACGAUACAAGUGCGAAAAAUAGGAAAUUCGAAACGAGUGGCGAUAAAUUAAAACACGACCGAAGGGAGUGUUUUAAAUCGACACGAGUUGCGAAUUACCUAUUCGCACAUGUAUCGUACAACGUUUUACAGUACAUAUGGCCCUUUAAAUUUUCGACGCAGUAACGUAAUAUGCUACUUCUCGCACUAGUGCUAUAAAGUAGUCCCAUAUGUACUGUAAAGACCUUUUACGAACAAGUGAGAUGAGAAACGACUUACGCUCUUGUGUUAUCAAUAAAAUUGUGUGCAGCUCAUUUUGAACGUCUCGCCCGCUUAGUAUUUUCUGCUACUUUACAUACGUCAAGGAAUUAUAAACAUAUUUGCAUUACGUUCUUAUUCGCAUGCUAUUUUAACCCUUUACGACGGUGUUUAGUGGUUGGUCCAUGAAAAUGUACUUUAAACUAUUUUCCAUACAUAUCCUUGUUAUGCGAAGUCAAUAUUUUUAUAUACUUUCUGUAAAUAUUAUAGGUUAGCGUAUUUUUCCGUGGCAUCUGUGCGUUGCUUUAAAAGUCAGGAUGGGUGAAUUGUAUUCAUAUAAUUUGCUGUUAAAUUUGAUAAUAGGGCCGAUUUAAUUUUGUUGUCGAAUUUUUCUCUCGUCGGAUUUUGAUGAAAUUUGGUGGAUUGGUUAGCUAUUCUGUACAACAUUAGCGCAAUUUCAUCCUAAGUCUUAAAAAAAAACUUCAUAUGAGUUACGAAUUUCGAAAAAGGUAUGGUAUUUUCGUAUAUUAAUGGAAAAUUCCAUACAUUGUUUUCGGGACAAGUUAUUUCGUAUUUUUACCGCCCAGAAUUGGGAGCUCUUCAUACCAGCCGACUUUUAUCAAAAUGUAACGAAAAAUCAACAACAAAAUAAAUAUCGGCAAAUCUAGGAAUACAGUAGGCGCUCGGUAAUCCGCAGCUCGUCAAUGACCCGCUCUAUUGGCUCGGUUUCAUUGGUCGAUAACUUGGCCGACAUAAAGCGUGCGACAUAAGGCGGUGUAACGACUAGUAAAACUCAUAAAUCGAUAGUUCGGUCGAUAUACAGCAUGCGGGUGACCCCCCGCAGGCGGUAAGUUGGUAUAACGACUAGUGAAACUCAUAAGUCGAUAGUUCGGGCGAUAUACAGCAUGUGGGUGACUCCCCGUAGACGGUAAGGUGGUAUAACGACUAAUGAAACUCAUAAGUCGAUAGUUCGGUCGAUAUACAGCAUGCGGGUGACUCCCCGCAGGCGGUAAGGUGGUAUAACGACUAGUGAAACUCAUAAGUCGAUAGUUCUGGUGAUAUACAGCAUGCGGGCGACUCCCCGCAGACGGUAAGGUGGUAUACCGACUAGAGAAACUCAUAUAAGUCGAUAGUUCGGUCGAUAUACAGCAUGCGGAUGACUCCCCGCAGGCGGUAAGUUGGUAUAACGACUAGUGAAACUCAUAAGGCGAUAGUUCGGGCGAUAUACAGCAUGCGGAUGAGUCCCCGCAGGCGGUAAGUUGGUAUAACGACUAGUGAAACUCAUAAUGGCAUGCGUUUUGUAAAUCUCCUGCACACCGCAUACGGGCCCUAUUGACCAAUGAAAACAGUUCCCCGAAUGCGGGCCCUAUGGCAUGCUUUAUGAGAAUCUCCCGCACCCCGCACGCGAGCCCUGUCGACCAAUGAAACUGAGCCAUAUGAUCCGGCAGUUUCAGCCCGAGUACAAAGCGGUUACAUUGUUCGGUAGUACAGUCAGCGUCAAAUACUUUGUAGCAACCAAAGUAGCCAAAUAGUUCGGUACACCAUAUAUUUAGUAUGGUGUACCGAACUAUUUGGCCACUUUGACUGCUACAAUGUAUUUGACGCUGACUGUACAGUCACCAUCAAAAGCAGCGGAUCAAACAAGGUGUCAAAAGUAUCUACCAUCUUGAAACAGCUUAACAAAAAGUGAUGGUUCUAUAUAUUACUAUUAUAUUAAGACUGUAAAAGAUAUACUCUUAAACGUAAAUUUUAGAGAUUUAUUUAUAUUUGGAAAAGUUAUCCGGAAUAUCAGAUACUUUUGACGCGUUGUUUAUUUCGUGUUUUUAUUACCCAUAAAAUUCCAGUAAUUCAGUUCCAACAGUCCGGCAAAGUGGGAAAAAAAAUCGGGUGCAGAUUUACCGAGCGCCUAUUGUAUGUUUAAAUUUGGUUCGUUGUAGCAAAAUAUGUAGAUAUUUUGUAACGGUUAAAUGUUAUUUAAGUUACGUUUAUAUGUGUAAUGUGAUAUGGAUUGCAGUAUUUGUCUCAAUAUUAUUGAGAUUUGAGAUAUAUAGUUGGUUUUAAUAAGAAUAUACAGUGUAGAUUUACAUAACUGGUAGCAGUGUCUUCAUCAAUUUAAAUCUUGUUUCUAUAAAUACUUUAAAAAUAGGAGAAAACCGCUUGUUCAUA